AUGACCUCUGCGGAAUGGCACCUGUCCUUGAAGCUGGUGGAUCAGCCCAAGUCCACCUUCCACUUUCCAGAGAUGAUGCCAGGGGAUGUUGCACCCGGAGGAUACAGAGUGGCCACCUUAAAGCAACUUGUGGCGGCGCAGCUCCCGGACUCCAUCCCAGACCCUGAACUAAUAGAGCUGGUCCAUUGUGGGCGGAAACUUAAGGACGACCUAACGCUGGAUUCCUGUGGGAUUCAACCAGGAUCCACCUUGCACAUCCUCAAAAAGACAUGGCCAGAGCCCGAGAGCAGUCCAGAGCCUGUAAACAGAGCCACGGCAGCCAGGGAGUUCAGAGUGUUUCAUGCUGCUCUUCAUUCCCUCAACUCUGCCUACAGAGACUCGGUGUAUAAAAUGCUGACUAACAAAGAGUCUCUGGAUCAGAUCAUUGUCGCCACACCAGGGCUCAGGUCGGACCCGGUCGCCCUCGGAGUGCUCCAGGAUAAAGAUCUCUUUGUGCAGUUCACAGACCCCAACAUGCUUGACACGUUAAUCAGUUCACACCCAGCCCUCGUCAAUGCCAUCAUCCUGGUGCUGCACUCGGUGGCAGGCAGCAUGCCCGCUCAGUCCAGCGCCAGCUCAUCGCGCAACGUCUCUGCCAGCUCCUACAGCGAUAUGCCAGGAGGCUUCAUGUUCGAGGGCAUGUCCGACGACGAGGAAGAGUUCCAGUCGGGGAGCCCAGCAGGCCCCUCCAACAGAGCCGGGGUCUCAGCGGGAAUGCGACCUGUUUCUCUGAGCCACAGCGGGGCGACGGGCCCUCGACCUAUCACACAGAGCGAGCUGGCGACUGCCCUGGCGCUCGCCAGCACGCCUGACAGCAGCGCCGUCACGCCCACAACGGCGAGCCAAGCGGACCCCUCCAGUGGCGUAGCUCCCAUGCCAGCGGGGACUCCAGUCAGUAAUGAUCUAUUCAGCCAGGCACUACAGCAAGCUCUGCAGGCCAGCAACAUGUCCGCUCUGCAGGGCCGCUGGCAGUCCCAGAUGCAGCAGCUCAGGGACAUGGGGAUCCAGGACGAGGAGCUGAUGCUGAGGGCGCUGCAGGCCACAGAUGGUGACAUCCAGGCCGCCCUCGAGCUCAUAUUUGCUGGAGGACCAGGACUCUGAGCCAAAACCCGAUGGACAAAGCCUUUUUGAGGAAAGAGAGAGAGAGGGAGAGAAAAAGCAGGGAAAAGCUGGUCACCCUGCUGCACAGGAACGAUAAGCAAGUUAUGACACAGUGUGGAGAGUUCUUUCUGUUAACACCAUUUAACUUUAAAUAUACACAACAGCUUCGGCUGAGCUCCACACUUCAUGACGACACAGCUUUUUCUUAUUGUAAUAAAUUAAAUCAUGUUUACCUCUUCA